AUGGCAGAUCCCUCAACCUCUCCGCCCCUGACCCGUGCCUCGGUAGCAGAAGCCCGGAAGCUUAUCGAGCCGUUCGUACACCGGACGCCGGUCAUCUCGAGCUCCUCGCUCUCAGAACUCGCCUCCUCACCAGCGCCGGCGAUAGGGGAAGCGGGAACGGGAGCGGAGGAGAAGGGCAAGGCGAAGCCGAAACUUAGGCUCUGGUUCAAGUGCGAGAAUUUCCAGAAGGUGGGCGCUUUCAAGGCGCGCGGCGCGUUUCAUGCUAUCGAGAGGCUGAAGAGGGAGCCGGGCUGGCUGGAGGGCGGAGGCAGGGAGAGGGGCGUAGUUACGCAUAGCUCUGGGAACCACGCGCAAGCGCUUUCACUCGCAGCGCGCACAAAUAACAUCCCGGCUUACAUCGUGAUGCCUUCAAUAUCGGCACCUCCCAAGAUCGCCGCAACGAAGGGCUACGGCGCCAACGUAAUCUUCAGCGGUAGUACAAGCGUCGAGCGCGAGGCCGUCACCGCCAAGGUCAUCGAGGACACUGGCGCCCGCCUCGUGCCGCCCUACGACCACCCGGAUAUUAUCCUAGGACAAGGUACCCUGGGUCUCGAGUUCCAGGAGCAGGUCGAGACUUUGAUGGCCGAGAAGGCGGAAAAGGGUGGAGAAAAGCCGACGAAGAAGAAAGGCCUCGAUGCGAUUAUUGCGCCUUGUGGUGGCGGUGGUAUGCUCUCCGGCGUAGCCCUCUCCUGCGAGGGAACCGGCAUCCGCGUCUUCGGCGCCGAGCCCUCCUUCCAAGGCGCCGACGACGCGAAACGGGGUUUCGAAUCCGGGUCCCGGAUCACCAGCGUCAAAACCCUCACGAUCGCGGACGGCCUGCGCACGCCCGUUGGCGCAAUCCCGUGGUCCGUCAUCUACGACCGGCGUCUCGUGUCCGCGUUUUUCUCCGUCUCCGAGUCCCAGAUCAAGAGCGCCAUGCGCCUCGCGUACGAGCGCCUGAAGGUCGUUAUCGAGCCUAGCUCCGCCGUGCCGCUUGCCGUCGCGCUGUACGAUGAGGCGUUCAGGGAAUUGGUGGAGAGGGAGGCGGGUGACGAGGGCUGGGAUGUGGGGAUUGUUUUUAGUGGCGGGAAUGUUGGGUUAGAUGCCCUAGGGGCUUUGUUUGCUGAGGGGAAGGAGUAA